AACGAUCAAGUGAAGUUGCCAAAAGCAAAGACCCCCUGACACAAGCUGUCCCUCUAACACAACCAGAAAUUGCUGAACCACAAACACAUGCUGUUGCUGCUGAAGAUGAAAAUGUUGGAAGUGAAAGUAGCAAUAGAAUGAUAGAAUGCUCUAUGUCAAUCCAGAUCAACCAGCCACCGCCACUAGAAAGCAAUCCCAGCCAACAACAGCAACCUUCAACCAACUUCCAACAGCCUGGAGAUACAGGUUGCUCUUCGACCAUGCCGGAGAAGCUUGCAUCAACACUCACUGCCAAAGAUACAGUUUCCCAAGCUAUAGAUGAAGGUCUCGCAUACUGCAAGGAACAAGAUAUAUCAGACCCAGUUGAGAUAUUACGAUGCGCCCAGAAAUUCAUUGUGAAGGGUAAGCCACUAAAUGGUUACACUGGUGCUGCUGGUGAGUUCAGUGAUGAUAGAUCAAGUUUCAUUCUCAUAAGUCGACAUGAUGUGCUUGGAACAGCUUUGGAAGAAAUUUCGUGCAUUGAAGAUGUUCAGCUAUCCCUUGAGGUAUCCUUCUAUGGCGAAAAUGCACAAGAUGCUGGCGGUCCUAGAAAAGAGUUUUUUCGGUUAUGUCUACAAGAAAUAAAGCAGAAAUACUUUGACAAUGGUAUAAAAGAACAUCUGUCAGAGGACUAUAAAGUUGUUGGUUUGAUUAUGGCUCUCAGUAUAUUGCAAAACGGAAAAAUGCCAAGGUUCCUUAGCGAAGACCAACUGGAAACAGUUUUUCUGAAUGGCACCACCUCCAGCAGCCUGACUAACCUCACGCAAGGUCUUAACAACCUGGGUUUAUGUGACAUUGCCAAACAUCUGCCAACCUUUUUAUAUCUUUUUCGACCCUCUUCAGCUUCAUUGCUAACAAGAAGAAAACUUGUGCACAUUCUUAAGCCCGACUUUUCUGAAGAUGGAUGUAAUCAGCGACAGCAUGAGAAUAUAGUCUAUGCGGCAUUUUCCAAGUACUGCAGAGAAGCUGCUGGAGGUAAAAGAG